AUGUCUGCAAGCUCCAGCGCCCAAGCCGCCACCUCCAACGCCGCCGCCUCCUCCGUAAUUCCCGCGAACGCCGAGCCGCUCCCAUCGUGGUGGCCCACGCGCUUCAUGGACAAGGAUGACGAUGACCAGAGGCAAAACUUCCUGGACAUCGUCGAGCUCCGCAUACUCGAUCUUUAUGAUUAUCUCAACGUGCCGGAGGUAGACCGCCCUCGAUUUGAGCACAACUGGAGAGUUGAAUGGGGCAACUUGAACCCCAUACUUUGCCGACUAUUCAAUCAGAUCAGCAAAAAUGGCGCCAAGGGCAACUUCAAGAAUAUGAAACACGCUAGAGUUAACUUCCGCCCGCCGAAGAAGAGGAACGAGAUUGGAGAUAAGUGGUGGGCGACGGGCACGACGCUGAAUGACCCCAUCCCCCCGCAACCGAAGACGAGGUCUUCCGACAAGAAGUCGAAGACGACACCUUCGACGUCGUCUUCUGCAUCCAAGCCGGCGCCGACUACUACUUCCCAUCCGGCGCCGACCACUUCCCAUCCGGCGCCGACCGCCCCCAACAAUCCGUCAACUUCAUCUGCGGCGCCGGCGCCAGCGCGCCCAACAACAGCUCCUCGGCCCCCACUCCAGCGCAAUCCCCAGCUAGCCCCCCUGACGAUGCGAGCCGAGCUUCCCAACGCCGAUGUCGAGGAGGAGGAGGAGUCGCCAACGCCCAGGCGCCCCAGGGUGAUGCUGACACUACCCAGAAUCCCCAGUACUCCUCCCGAAGACGAUGGCAGGCCUGCAGGCAAGACACGGGCGCCGGCGCCGCCAGCUAGCUCUGCUGUCCCGAUCCAGGCGCCGGCACCCACGAGCGCCGGCGCUGCCACUAGCACCAGCACCAACCAGGCCGCGCCGAGCGGUUCUGCCAGGGCAGCACGAGACGGUAUUCCGGCGUUCGAUCAGUACCGUGUUCCACAUCGCUCAUUGUUUCGGACAGAUUGGAAUCGACAAGGGAUUUCGGGAUUCAACGUCAGUGUUCCAACAAGCGAUCAGGAAGCUUUCGAUGUCUACAUUCAGAGGGUAACUGACCACCUCGGGAGGAUCCACGAUGCCCUUGUCAGGCGCGAGGUGCUGAUCAAUAACGCCCUCGUUGAUCUUGACGACAGCGUGGCCCUGAUGCGUGAAGAGUUGGGGGCGUUUAAGAACGAAAUGAGGGAACAGCUGGCGGAGAUCAAGCUGAAGGGGUCCGAAGAGGAAUCCCGCAUGGCUGUAGAUCCGGCGCUGUGA